AUGGGGAGCCUGCCCAGCCGGGAGAAGACACUCAGCAUGACGCAAACGGCUGCCAGCACCAUGCAGCCACCACUGCCCACACAGGCAGUCCCCAGGGACUUCCUGGCCCUGUGUGAUUUCCCCUCCGGUGCAGGGGCAGCUGCCGUCCUGAGGAUGGGGGAGCAGCUCCGUGUCCUCUCGGAGGAUGGGGAGUGGUGGCUUGUGGCAUCUGAAGUGUCUGGCAAGGAGUGCCAUGUCCCCAGCAGCUGUGUGGCCAAGGUCAGGCACAGGUGGCUGUACGAGGGCAUCAGCCGGCAGAAGGCAGAGGAGCUGCUGCUCCGCCCAGGCAACCGCUGCGGUGCCUUCCUGAUCCGAGAGAGCCAGACUAGGCAAGGCUGCUACUCGCUGUCGGUGCGGCACGGCGGCGGCGGAGGCUGGCACUCGGUGUCGCAUUACCGCAUCCAGCGGCUGGACAACGGCUGGGUCUACAUCGCGCCGGGGCUCACCUUCCCCAGCCUGCACCGCCUGGUCGAGCACUACUCCGAGCUCGGCGAGGGACUGUGCUGCCCGCUGGGGGAGCCCUGCGCCGUGGACGAGCCGAGGCUGGCUCCUCUCCCUGCCAGGCCCGCGGCCGUGAAGAAGCCGUCACUCAAGUGGGACCAGAUCGACAGCUCCCUGCUGUUCGCAGCACCCACGGCCCCGCCGGACGAGGACUCCCCCAUCAGCCUGGGCCUGCGCGAAUCCAUCAGCUCCUACCUGCUCCUGGCUGAGACCGACGGCCCCGAGCAGGACCCUGCAGAGAAGGGGACAAAGACGAGCUGAGGGGAGUGCCCCAUUUGGCCACAGCCCUGCGGCGGGUGCCCGGCCCGAGCUCAGCCACCCUCGCUCACUGAGGCGGGGGGAGCUGGGCACCUUGACCUGGACGCCACCAGACAGCCGUGACCAAGGGAGGGACUAGCGGAGAGCAGUGCUGGAAGGAGCCACCCAAGGGCCCAUCCAUGCCCCAGCCAGGUGCUUCAGUGUUUGAGCACCCCAAGCAUCACCCAGGGGAAGAGAGAACAGAAGCUGUACAUGGAAGAAGCCCUGCUGCAGGCUGCGAGGCCCCCUCCCCCCCCCCCCCACCUCUGUACUCCCACAGCAGCAUGGACAUGGAACACAAAUGCCCUCGAAGCCAGAGCCUGACCCUUGCAGACUCAUCAGGUUCAUACAGAAACUGUUUUGGGAUGGGGGUGGUUAUGCAAGAUAGGCCCUGUGAGCAGCAGCCAGAGCUGCUCUCACCCCCCAUGAUUCACUCCUCUGGCUGUGUGAAGUAGUAGAGCACAGCCUGGAAGAAUCCAGCCUCUUACUGCACCCAAAGUAGCUGAGCUUAAACCUGUUAACAGCUGGAGUGUACUGGUUCCAUAAAACUUUGUCCUGCUGGACAGGCAGCAGCAAUCAUUUCUUACCCUUCAUUAAAGGGCACCUCCUUCACAGUGCAGGUGUUGUGAAUAAAGCCUGAGUGCAGCUGCCACCCACCACAGCCUGGGGGCUUUGCUCCUGUUGUGUCCAUCACACCCAGCCCUGCCAGCAGCAUCAUCCUUGUCCAACUCAGGGUGGAUUAAUGAGCACCAGAGGUUUAAAAAAGGUUUAGCCUCACAACUGCCCUUUCAUGAGCAGUGGGUGAAGAACUGGGUCCAAGCCAGGGCUAGGUGAACCAAAAUGGGAGAAUGCAGCACUUCGGUCCAACCCCAGUCUAAGAUAUACCUCUGGGUAAGAGGGGACCUGAAAAAGAGCAGGAAAGCCUCUGAAUAGCAACAGCCUGAGACCCUAGUCAGCAAAACCUGUCCUGGAGCAAGCACCCGAAUCAUCCCCUGUGGUGAGAACUGGUGCAGAAGUGAUUUUGCUGGCUGGUGACAGAGCAGAGGCUUCUGCAGCAGGACACCCUCCCCUUCUCUGCAGAUUUCCUGCCUUUGACACACUCGAGUCUCUUCAUUAUCAUGUCUGAGGAGCUUGCUCUUGCCACCCAUCACGGCUUUCUCGUUUCCUUACAUACCUGCUCAGCCCUUGGCCUCAAGCCUGGCUGUCUUCUCAGCACAGGACAUAGGUCAGGGUUUAUCCCUCAGCCUUGACCUUGCCUACAGCCAGCUGAGCCAGCUGCUGUCACCUGUGGCCCCCAGAGGCAGUGUUUGGCUCCCUUUGGGUUUGACAUUAAAUUGCACUGUGUAAACAAA